AUGUCGCUCGAGGACCCAGCCUCCAGACAGAAGCGCACAAGACUGAGUAAGCCCAAGGACUCGACGGGUCAAAUGCGACGAAGUUGUGCCAACGCCGGGCGAAUUUGCGAGGGUUAUGGAACGCCUAAACCAGCAACGCCCUUGCCCAGAUCACUGGCCCCCGCGCCAGCAGUCGACGAUGCCAUCGAACCGCCCGCGCUGGAAUUCUUCUUCAUCAAGACCGCACCACAACUAGCGGGCUUCUUCGGGAGUGCCUUCUUCCAGCACAGCGUCCUCCAGCAAAGCCUCGCCGAACCAGCCAUCCGCCAGGCAAUCGCAGCAAUUGGUCUUUUGCACGAGCAAACGGCGACAGAUAGACACGGCACACUCGCGAGAAGGUCCUCACCGAGUAUCCACAUCAAAUUAUACAAUCGAUCCAUCCGCGCAGUCCUCGACAAGAUCACCUCUAGCGAAAAUGCAACUCCAUUACUCGCAAUGACAAACGUACUCUUCACCUGCCUCGAGAUCAUCCAGGGUAAUGCGAAAGCAGCCGCAGCCCAUAUCACUGCGGGAAUCAAACUAUUACAAGCCUGGCGCGAAAAGAAUGGCGUGCCAAUCGCGCCCUGGGGCCGAAAGUAUACCUCCUUCGAGGCGCGCUUCAUGGAAACGGAGAUUGCGCCGAUACUGAGCCUGUUCAACACCAACGCGAUCGAAUGCGCUGGCGGACAGCGCAGUAAAUUCAUUUUGAACCCGGUAGAUGAGAACGGGGCAUUACUCCUCGCGACUCGCUUCGAGACCCUCGACGAGGCUCGCGUCGGACUCAUUGAUAUGAUCACCGACGCGACGUCUGUCUGUAACGGGCUAAACAACGGCCUCGUACGUAGACCACUCGCCGAUAUCGACCCCGUGGUAGUCUCUUCCUCCGUGCAGCAGAAUCUCGAGCGAUGGCAGCGUAACGUGGACGACCUAAUCCGUCGACAGAAAUGUACCUGGGAUACGAAAGAGCAGCGAAUUGCUGACGCUAUCUGUGUCAUCCGACUUUCUACUACAUUCGGGGUGAGAGCAUACGAGACCAAAUCCGAGUGUGAGUGGGACAUGCAUCGAGCCGAGUACGAAGACUUGAUUCGAUUCGCCGACGCAAUUGUCUCAGAUCGAGUCCGUUUUCCGGAUGAACUGUCUCGCACGUUCAGUCUGGAUUUCGGCUUGAUUUUCCCAUUGCACGCUGUAGCCUGGAAAUGCCGUUGGCCUAGACUGCGCCGGCAAGGGUUGGACUUGUUGCUUCGCACCACGAGGCGGGAGUGGCUCUUCGAGGCUAGGCAUUACCAUGCUAUUUUCUCCCGGAUUAUGGAGAUUGAAGAAGCGGGCUGUGGUCUGCUACCGGGUGUACGCCCGGACGAUGACUGGCUACCUCCUGAACAUGUUCGGAUUUGCGACUUUCUGGUUGAUGUGCUGCCUACGCCGCAAGGUGAAACUCCUAUCUAUGAAGUGACGUUCUUCAGUCGGCCUCACGGCAUUGAUGGACCCCUGGCUUCAGUCACUGAACAGAUGCGAUUGGAGUCGUUACAGCCCGUGGAGGCUGCGGUGCCCACGAAUAUGUUUGGGCAUAGCUUGAAGCGAGCGUUUCAGACCACUGAUUUAGAUUGUACAGGAAUUGGUGAGUGUUAUCUCGGUAUAAGAAUUGUGGUAUGA